AGCAAAGAUGGCUGAUAUAAUUCAGAUGUGUCCACUGCGUAUUGAAGAUGAUGGGACCCUCUUUUUUGAAGAAGACGAAGGUUUAGAAGCAGACAGCUUUAAAAAAUCUGAAAAAUGCAAGGCAGCACAGAUCUUCCGAAACCAAGAAAAUCACGUGCUCAUCGUGAGACCAGAGGAUGAUGCUGAUGCUAUGGCAGCAUUUGAAUCCAUGACAGACGAAGAAAUGAUAAACGAACCUGGAAUCUCGUUGAAUAUUCACAUUUACCAAGACACCAACCUGAGAGGACUUCCAGUGGCCUUCAGCAUAAAGUGGAACGGUGAAACUUACAUCAUGCAAAUCGUGAAAGACGGUAGCAACAUGAGGGUGGUGUUUAGGCCAAGAGACGUCCCAGAAUUCAUUCCAGGAGAAAAAAGUGAUAUGCUAUUCUUCAAAACCCCAUUUUUGAAAGCUGACAGACAAUUCUACAAAUUUGAGUCCUCACUGGAGCAAGGCUACUUCCUUGCCUUUGAGAGAAAUGAGAGGGACAGAGUCACACAACUGGUGAUAAAGAGAAUCGAUGGAAUAGACGAGUCCAUAAAGCUACAUACUUCCCCACUUCCCAGAAGAAAAAUAUAACCAUCGCAAGAAAAACAUAAGCAAAAAAAUACUAGAAAUGGAAUACAAACCAACAAUACAAACAAGUAAAACAAGUAAUAUAGAAUAUUGUAAUGAAAAACAUCACAUCCCUAAUAAAUAAAUCUUGGAAUAUCUAUAUAACACACUGCAGAGCCCCGAAGGAAAACACACAAGGUUUAUAGGAUCGCAGGAUUUGCAGUAUAAAGAAAUAUUUUGUUAUAAAGCUCUCUGUGUCACUUUUCUAAGUGGCUGUUUCAUGACUGUGAAUGCUAUAUGUAAUUUGAGUUGAUGAAUAUUUUUGUACAGAGUAUUUUGGACUAAGGCCUACUAUUCAGUGCUCCUGAGAAAGUUGCGUAAUAAAAUACAUUGGGCAUUUUAUAACUCUUAGUAAAGUUUCCUGCAUCUUCAUACCA